ACGUCAUUACGUGCCAAUCGAUUGGCCUGUUCGUCUUUGAUUGACUGUAUCUCGGUCCAAUGACCACUGAUCUUUUUGAAAUCUAGCUGGAUAGAUAGCCAAUGAGCAGAGGUAAAUAGGGAUAUCAAAUGGUUCUACCCGGAAAUAAUAGGCAUCUUUGUAAAGCCAUGCGUGUUCGCAGCUAUUCCCCAUUGAAAAUCAGAAAGUAAGGAGCUCACCGUUUUACGCGCCGCGAAAGUUUGUUUUGGAGCAUUUUCAAGGAUCAAUUAUGGCAAAUAAAUCAGCCAAAUCAACGACCAAGACGAAGUACACAGAUGUGCAAGAUAUAAUUAGUGAAAUUGACCGUGAAAGUGAAAAUGAGCAUCUAAUUGAUUCCAGCGAGGUUGAAUCCGUUGAUUCUGAAUUCGAAGACAUGUUUCUACACGGUGAAGACCCAGUUUUGGAUCGUCGCAGCGAUUCUGAUUGGGAGCCAAGCUGCAAAUCCCCCACUGAAGCUGGUCCAUCCAGCUGGACCCCUGCUGUAUCCGGCACCACACCUACUCCCGCCCGGCCAUCAAGGGGUGGUAAGCCGGCGUCAAGGAAGCGGAGGAAGGGCAGCGUGGAACCGUCCAGCGUGGAACCUGCCAGAGCGGAGGAGGACCGUUGGCACACUGUUCUUGAGGAGGAUGUGGCCCCACCAACUCCACUUUUCCGCCCAAAACGCCCAGUAGGCCCUCAAUUGGACCUGACUUCCAAAUACACCCCCAUGCAACUUUUCCAGUUGUUCUUCACCUCGGCAGUUCUUGAUACCCUGGUGAUGAACACUAAUAGAUAUGGGGCAAAGAAGCAGGAGAAAUGGAAGGACAUUUCCAUUUCAGAACUGUUUUGCUACCUGUCCAUGGUCAUUUACAUGGGGGUGGGGAAGCUGAAGAACCUUAAACACUACUGGAAAACUGCACCACUCUAUCAACUGCCUUUCCCCUCAACGGUCAUGUCUUGUACUAGGUUUCUGACAAUUUCGCGGGCACUUCACAUUAGUGACCCAGAGGUUGAUAAGGACAACGAGGCGAAACGAGGCACAGCAGGGUUUGAUAAGCUCUGCAAGAUCAAACCUCUCUACCACGAUAUCGUUGAGGCAUGCAAGACAUAUUUUCAGCCCGCCCAGAACCUUUCCAUAGAUGAGAGAAUGGUAGCCUCAAAGGCCAGAAUUGGCCUAAAACACGGCACGCACAUGCUGGAUUUCAUCAUUGCAGGCAGGGAUGUGCCUCGGGGGAAAAGGGGCACAGUAGGGCGGCUUCGUUGUGCCCUGUGCCACAAGAAGUCCCCUGUCACCAGCAACACCUGUGCUGUGACCCUCUGUUUCACACCAGAGAGAAACUGCUAUGGGAUAUGGCAUCGGGAGCGCAACAUUGUGUAG